AUUGUAUCUUGUUCUCUUCUGCUUAAUCUUGUUUCGCAGUUGAAAACUAACAAGCUGUAGCUCUUGUAUCACAUGUUCAAUUUAAUAAUUGACCCAAUAAUUUGUUAUGGCAUCUUUCCAUGCUUUUUUAUCCUAUGAUCCUUGUUCUGUUGUUCAGUCUGCAGAAUUGGGGUUUGUAAAUCAGCGAACAUAGGUUGAUCUAGUUUAAUAUGCCUGUGACUCUUACUUGCUUUCGGUUUUCACUCUUUGGUGUUUUUCUUUAAUUUAUUUCCUCACAUACUCACAUCCUAGUUUUUAGGUUUUUGUGAUUACAUUUUUUGUUUUCAAACAUUUAUGUUUCUUUCCCCAUAAUGCUGAAAUGACUUUAGGUUGCAUACUGAGCAAAACUUGUUAGCAAGUUCUGACUUAUUGAUGGGAAGUGAUGGCAAUACUGCUGUUAUAACUUGUUGCUGUUGUUCCGGUUUCAGGAUAAAUCAUCCUUCAACACAUUAUCACUACUUUCAUCAACAAAUAUACGCUUGCCGCUCUUUCCCAAAGAAGCUCAGUUUCAUGGAUAGUCCUGCAAAAUUAAAAAUCAUCCCUGAUCACUUUCAACUUCCAGAAUCAAGUAUAGAAUCUCCUGUGAGCAGAACAUCUUCUAGUUCUAUUACAGAACCUGGAACCGAUCAAUCUUCGAGGUCCUCACGCCAUCUGUGGACUCGGAGAAAAUGUAGGACACGUCUUAUGUUGAACUUGUUUACUCUUCGGGGGCUGCCAUGGGGGUCCGAUACUGGAGGUCAGGAAAAGGUUGAGCUAACGGCUGCGGAACUAGAGUCACUUCGACAGGAGCUUGCUGAUAUAGAUGAGAGGGAAGCUCUCUUGAAAGCCCGGUUGGAACAUGUUGAUGAAGUUUUGCGGUCAGCUUGUCUAUCUGGCUAUUUAUACAUUCGAACUAGAUGGGCAACACUGCCAGGAGAACUUCCACCUAUAGAUGAUACUGAAGUAGAUGAUUGGCUUCCUCGCUUUGUCGUUCUCCAUGGAACAUGUAUAUUCUUAUAUUUAUUGUCUACAGAUAUAAGCCCUCAGGACUCAACUCUUCUAUCUGAUAUUGUUGAAGUAGGGAGAUUGCCAUGUUUUAAGCGUGAAGAUGAUGAUGUUCGAUAUGCCUUUUAUAUCUUAACUUGUCAUGGGUUACGCUACGAGUGCUCAAGCAACUCUAUGAUACAGGUGGACUCUUGGUUAUCAGCUCUACAACAGCACUGCAAACUGAAAUCUGAUACAUCAAUGGCCUCACGCAUUUCCAAAGCCGCGAGGUCCCUUCUCUCUGCUUCCACCACCGCCUCUCGUUUCUACCACUCUCAAGGACGCGCUGUUGCGGCUGCAGCAGCUGUUUCAUUCAGCUCUAAGGCUCCUGUUUUGGCUUCCUAUUAUGGGAGGGGUGGUUCUGGAAGUGGAUCUGCAACAUGGGUUUCAGGAGCUCUUGCUCUUCCUGCUGCAGCUUACAUGCUUCAAGAUCAGGAGGUGCAUGCUGCUGAGCUGGAGCGUACUUUCAUUGCCAUUAAGCCUGAUGGAGUGCAGAGAGGGCUGAUUUCUGAGAUUAUUUCUCGUUUUGAGAGGAAAGGGUUCAAGCUUGUUGGAAUUAAAGUAUUGAUUCCUUCAAAGGAAUUUGCCCAAAAGCAUUAUCACGACCUGAAAGAAAGACCAUUCUUCAAUGGGCUGUGUGAAUUCCUAAGCUCUGGCCCUGUUAUUGCAAUGGUGUGGGAAGGAGAGGGAGUUAUCACCUAUGGCCGAAAACUAAUUGGAGCGACAGAUCCUCAGAAAUCACAACCUGGAACCAUUAGGGGUGAUCUAGCUGUUGUUGUUGGAAGAAAUAUCAUCCAUGGGAGCGAUGGUCCGGAGACUGCCAAGGAUGAGAUUAAGUUGUGGUUUAAGCCAGAGGAGUUGGUUAAUUUCACUAGCAAUGCAGAGAAGUGGGUUUAUGGUGUCAACUGAUUCGUCCUCUCAUCCCCCUUUUGUUUUCUAUAUAAGCUCCAUUUGGCAUAAUAGAGUGAGCCUUCGGAAUAAAUUAUUUGUCAGGAAACUGAGAUCAAUCCUAUAGUAAUAUCUUUAGCACUAUAUAUUUCUUUUUUUGAACGAACACUAUGUAUUUCACUUAUGUAGAAUUUGCAUUAUUUCAUUGGUUGAAUGAAAACAAUGUGUGACAAUA